AUGUCACCGGAAGAUGGACGACGACCAACCCAAAAUGAAACACAAAACAUUACAAAAACAACAGAACAACAACAAAGAAAAUCGAUCGUUCAUGGACAAUCUUCGUCAUCUACUUCGACUUUAGAGAGACCAGCACCGGAAAUAUCAGAUCCAAAACCGAUAAGUGAAAUCGAAAUUGUAACAUCAAAACCACCCAUGUACAGACUGGAUAGAACUUUAAUGGAUAAUUAUGAUAAUAAUAACUCGAGUUCAGAAUCAGAAACUGGUAGUGGCAGUGAUGAAAUGACAGAUAUAUCUCCAAUGCAAACUCCUCAUUAUCGAAAUAAACCUCAAAUAAAUAACAACAACAACAACGGAACAUUCGAAUUAAACUCAAUGAUGAACGUCUUGUUAGAAAGUCGCAACGAAAAUGGUACGAACGAAAAAAAAUAUCAGCUCAAAACAAAAUAG